AACCACGACCCCAUUGUGAGCAAUUCCUUCAUUUUAUAUGAGACCCAAUCUCCAUCCAUGCUCCCAUUUCAUUUUUCAAAAAGUGGCAUGCGCAACGGUCAUGUGGCUCACACACAAAUUCUCGAUUGAACAACGAACCCUCCAUAGCAGAGUCAAUUCAUCAAAAGGCUUUACACAGUUGUCAUGAAUAUGCAUCUUCGUCUCAAAUCAAUCAUGCCAAUCAACCCAUACAAUCUGAUCCAACUCUUAUCUUGUGUGCACAGACAUAGCUCAGUAACCUCAAGAUCCUUUUGUACGAAGACCCGAAACACCAAUCACUCUCUCCUUCCUUCAGAUCAUUCUAGAAUCGUUGAUGGACUCAUUUCCAUCUUCACCAAGGGACCCUUUUACCCAGACAGCCUUGAAAUGAGGGAAUUUGGUUCGAAAAUCAAUACUUCCAUUGUUGAAACCGUGUUAAAAUCUCUCAAGAGCUGGAAAAUAGCUCACUUGUUCUUUAAUUGGGCUUCAAAUCAAUCUGGGUAUAGGCACAAUUGUUAUACUUACAAUGCCAUGGCUUCGAUCCUAUCACGUGCUUGUCAAAAUGCUCCACUGAGGGUUCUGGCCGUGGAAUUGGUGGAUUCUCGGUGUUGGAUGACACCGGGUGGUUUGGGGUUCUUUAUUAGGUGUUUGGGUGGUCAGGGAUUGGUUGAAGAAGCCAAUUUGGUAUUUGAUCAAGUAAAAAAGAUGGGUCUUUGUGUUCCGAAUAGUUAUAGCUAUAACUGUCUGUUGGAGGCCAUCUCUAAGUCUAGUUCGGUUGAUUUAAUUGAGAAAAGGUUGAAAGAGAUGCACGGUUCUGGUUGGGAACCUGAUAAGUACACGUUGACUCCACUCUUGCAGUGUUAUUGCAAGGCAGGGAUGUUUGAAAAAGCUUUGGAUGUUUUCAAAAGUAUAAAUGAGCGGGGUUGGGUGGAUUCUCACGUUUUGGCUAUCUUGGUGCUUUCGUUUACCAAGUGGGGCGAAGUAGAUAAGGCUUUUGAGCUGAUUGACAGGAUGGAAUAUCUGAAUAUUAACUUAAAUGAGACGACAAUUUGCAAUUUGAUACAUGGGUUUGUGAGAGAGUCUAGAGUGGAUAAGGCCCUCCAGCUGUUUGAUAAAAUGAAGAAAAUGGGUCUUGCUCCCAACAUUUCUUUGUACGACGUUCUAAUAGAAGGGCUCUGCAAGAAUAAAGAGCUUGAAAAAGCUUUGUACUUAUAUUCGGAAAUGAAAGAGUUGGGAAUUUAUCCUGAUGUUAGAAUACUCACGAAGCUUAUAUCACAAUUGCCCGGGGAAAGUGAAAUGAUAAAGUUACUUGAGGAAGGUCCCGAAGAGCUGGGUAGUGAAGAAGAUAUGAUCCUGCUGUAUAAUUCUGUUCUUAAUUUCCUUGCUAACAAAGGUUCAGCCCAUAAAGCUUACUAUCUGCUACGGUCAAUGAUGGGGGAUGAAUCUAAUGGUGAUGUUGAGGUGGACAAGCUCUCCAGGAUUAAAAAACUUGUUCACCCAGAUUCCAAUUCUUUUGAAGUAGUAAUUAACAGCUUGUGCUGUUCUGAUAACUUGGAUAUGGCCCUAGGCCUUUUUCGAGAGAUGGAUCGAAUGAAUUGUAAACGGAGUACACUGCUUUAUAAUAAUUUAAUUGAUAGUUUGAGCAAUUCAAAUAGAGUGGAGGAAUGUUACAAACUUCUGAGAGAGAUGAAAGAAUUGGGAUUUCAACCAACACAUUUUACAUACAAUUCCAUCUUUGGGUGCUUAUGUAGAAGAGAAGAUAUCACUGGAGCUAUUGACAUGGUGAGGGAGAUGCGUAUUAAUGGGCAUGAGCCAUGGAUAAAACAUACUACAUUGCUCAUAAAAAAGUUGUGCAAACAUGGUAGGGUCUCUGAAGCUUCUAAUUUUCUUGGUAGCAUGAUUCAAGAAGGUUUUCUGCUUGAUAUAAUUCCCUAUUCUGCGGCUAUCGAUGGCUUUGUCAAGAUCCAAGAAGUGGACCAUGCUUUGCAGCUAUUCAGAGACAUUCUUGCUCGUGGGUAUUGUGCUGACGUGGUUGCAUAUAACAUUAUAAUAAAUGGGCUGUGUAAGGCCAAAAGAGUAUCGGAAGCCGAGGAUGUUCUGAAUGAGAUGCUGGAGAAGGGGCUUGUUCCCUCAGUUGUUACCUACAACUCACUCAUUCAUGGAUGGUGUAAAAGUGGUGAUAUUGAUCGAGCCCUGCUUUGUCUGUCCACGAUGGCUGGAAAAAAAGAAUGGGAGCCCAAUGUCAUUACUUACACAACUUUAAUUGAUGGACUAUGCAAUGCUGGAAAACCAAAUGAUGCUCUUGAUCUUUGGAAUGAAAUGAAGGGAAAGGGGUCUUCUCCCAACAGAACUUCUUUUACAGCUCUCGUUCAUGGGCUUUGCAAGUGUCUGAGACCUGAUGAUGCUCUAGGCUAUUUCCAGGAAAUGGAAGAGAAUGGGAUGAAACCUGAUACAUUUCUCUAUGUUGCUUUAAUAGAUGCUUUCCUAUCUAACUCGAACCCACUCUUGGCUUUUGACGUAUUAAAAAAGGUGGUCCACAGAGGAAUUCUUCCAGACUUGAGUGAUAAGAACUACAUAGCUAUAAAAGAAGCUAUAUUUAAACUAUCUAGAGAUGCCAGAACUGCAUCAGACAUUAAGAGUCUUAUUGCAGAGGGAAGCAUUCCUAUCAUUCCUAGUAUCUCAGAUCUUGGAAAUGAAGAUGGACACGAACCUGUUGCCUGAUAAAAGGACCUAUGUCUUCCAUUCUCAGUGGGAUUGAAUAUUUGAACUUAAGGAAAUUGUAGUGAUUGUCAUACAAAAUUUGAGGAACUUGAGUUAAUGAAACCAAUAGCAAUUCAAUUGGGCUAUUAAUUUGUUUAGAAAGAGGGCAGAAGUCUUGUAUCAGCGCCUGAGGGUUCCACAACUAGCAUUACAAGCUUUGGAAUCAUUAAAUGAGGUACGCUUAUCAUGGACACUUCAGCAGCAUGUGAUGUUAAGCCCUAUAAACCUCAAUCUAUAGCAUUUCCAAAAAAUUAGCUAUGAAUACCUUUUUCUAAUCACUUCAAUAUAAUUUUUGCAAGAAAGAAUGAUAUAUGCUAUUAGAUCCAAAUACAUCAAGAAAAGAAGAUGGUUUAUAGAAAUGUACAAAGAAUGUUCAAGUACACAAGCUAUAGAUGUGCUGCAACUUGGUGAGAAAAUUCAUAGUUUUCACGUCAUACUAAUCAGAAGUUGACCAAACUUGUCAGUUGAGGCAGGAAAUGGAUGGUGAUCCAGUCUUGCUCUUUAAUUGGAUCGUUUUUUCCAUUGAACCGGAUUGAAGCAGUGCAAACUGCUUGAACCGGUUGAUUUUUAUAAAAACCAGAGUAACUUGUAGGUGAACCAUUUAUUAUUUAAAAAUCAAUCAACUUCAAGCCUAUUAAGACCCGAACCUAGACACUUUGUAUGGGAUAAAACACUAUUUGGUAUUUACCACUAAACCAUUGCUCAUUCUUGCUAAUUGGUUUCCAAAAUAAGUUUUUUCCCAUAUAUGCCUCAUCUUUAUAUGCCAACUUAAAAAAUAAAAUAAAAAUCAUAUUCAUAUAGAUGUUGAACCACAGUUGAACAAGAGUGGCUCAUUAUGUGUUAUUGCUACCAUAUGCUAGUAAAUUUUGAAAUGCUUAAUUUGGUGAUGUUAUUUUUAAUUAAUUUCUUGAUUUAUUGAUCUUUGGACUAUGAAGCAUGAAUACGAACGAAUAUGGAAAACAAAUACAAUGAUACGUACGAUAAAACCUUGCAAAAUAAUAUUUGGGUAAUGGCAGGAUAUGUUUGUAUAAAUUUUUGUUUCAAUAUCAAAUCUAAACUGUUUAACUUAGCCUAUGCUUUUCACUUUCACACUUGUAUGAUAAAGUGUUGUACGAAAAUUUAUGUUCUUGUUUAAUUAUUGAAAUUUGAUUUAGUAUUGUUAAAUUUUCUCAUUUAAUUGUUAAAUAUAUUUUGCGGCAUUCUUUCAGAAAAGUUACAAUUUCUUGAGCAUAUCAUAAUAUUAUUGUAAUAUCAUCAGUCUCUGGAUACGUUGUUUUCUUUGUCAUGGUACUCUGAUUCUUGAGUGUUUGUAAACUGUGUCUUAUGCAAUCUUCCUGCCAGAGAUGCUGGAUCUCACCAUAGAAAUGCAGCAGUGUAUUGUAAUAGAUUCUAGGAUAAAUUACACUAUCAGUCCUUAUAGUUUACGGCUUGUGUCGCUUUAGUCCUUGACUUUUAAAU